AUGGAGUUAAGUUCUAUAAUCACAAGCAAGACCUCUAUAAUCACAAGCAAGACCUCUAUAAUCACAAGCAAGACCUCUAUAAUCACAAGCAAGACUUCUAUAAUCACAAGCAAGACCUGUAUAAUCACAAGCAAGACCUGUAUAAUCACAAGCAAGACCUCUAUAAUCACAAGCAAGACCUGUAUAAUCACAAACAAGACCUCUAUAAUCACAAGCAAGAACUGUAUAAUCACAAGCAAGACCUGUAAAAUCACAAGCAAGACCUCUAUAAUCAAAAGCAAGACCUGUAUAAUCACAAGCAAGACCUCUAAUCACAAACAAGACCUGUAUAAUCACAAGCAAGACCUCUAUAAUCACAAACAAGACCUGUUUAAUCACAAGCAAGACCUCUAUAAUCACAAGCAAGACCUGUAUAAUCACAAGCAAGACCUGUACAAUCACAAGCAAGACAUGUAUAAUCACAAGCUGGACCUCUAUAAUCAAAAGCAAGACCUCUAUAAUCACAAGCAAGACCUCUAUAAUCAAAAGCAAGACCUCUAUAAUCACAAGCAAGAUCUCUAUAAUCACAAGCAAGACCUCUAUAAUCACAAGCAAGACCUCUAUAAUCACAAGCAAGACCUGUAUAAUCACAAACUAGACCUGUAUAAUCACAAGCAAGACCUCUAUAAUCACAAGCAAGACCUCUAUAAUCACAAGCAAGACCUCUAUGAUCACAAGCAAGACCUCUAUAAUCACGAGCAAGAUCUCUAUAAUCACAAGCAAGACCUCUAUAAUCAAAAGCCAGACGUCUAUAAUCACAAGCAAGACUUGUAUAAUCACAAGCUAGACCUCUAUAAUCAAAAGCUAGACCUGUAUAAUCACAUGCAAGACCUCUAUAAUCACAAGCAAGACCUGUAUAAUCACAAGCAUGACCUCUAUAAUCACAAGCAAGACCUGUAUAAUCACAAGCUAGACCUGUAUAAUCACAAGCAAGACCUGUAUAAUCACAAGCUAGACCUGUAUAAUCACAAGCAAGACCUGUAUAAUCACAAGCAUGACCUCUAUAAUCACAAGCAUGACCUGUAUAAUCACAAGCAUGACCUGUAUAAUCACAAGCAUGACCUGUAUAAUCACAAGCAUGACCUCUAUAAUCACAAGCAAGACCUGUAUAAUCACAAGCUGACCUGUAUAAUCACAAGCAUGACCUGUAUAAUCACAAACAAGACCUGUAUAAUCACAAGCUAG